GCAGUCGGUGCGCGCGAGCGAACCUGACAGCGACCGUUGGCUCAGCGCCCGUCCGUCACCCGCCGCCGUUUGCGGUGUCUUCCUCGGGAGAGAGACUGACAGAGAGAGAGAAGAGGGGAAAGAAGCAGAUAAUGGGAGAACGGGUGAAGGACGAGAACGCGAACCCGCUGGCGGCGCAGCUGGAGCCGGAGCUGCGGGACGCCGUGUGCCGGUGGCUGUGCUGGGACCAGAAUCCUAAAACAAGAGCUGAGAUCAAGAAGCUGCUGGUGAACGGGCAGAAAAGCGAGCUCUGUGACCGUCUGUGCCAUCGGCUGGCGUUUGGCACGGCUGGGCUCCGCUCCACUAUGGGCGCAGGCUUCUCCUUCAUCAACGACCUGACAGUCAUACAGACCACUCAGGGUUUAUUGAAGUAUCUUGAGAGCUGCUUCACAGACCUGAAACAGAGGGGUGUUGUGGUUGGAUAUGAUACUCGAGCUCAGGAGACCAGCGGUUGCAGCAGCAAGAAACUUGCACAGUUGACUGCUGCCAUUUUCCUUGACAAGUGUAUACCUGUUCACCUAUUUUCUCUCUAUGUGCCAACUCCCUUUGUGCCCUUUGCAGUUCGGAAGCUUCAUGCUACCACUGGAGUAAUGAUUACUGCAUCUCAUAAUCCCAAAGAAGACAAUGGAUACAAGGUUUACUGGGAAAACGGAGCUCAGAUCGGAGCUCCUCACGAUAAGGCAAUUUUACAAAGUAUUGAGGAUCACUUGGAGCCCUGGCAGAACUCGUGGAACGAUCAACUGUCUGACACCAGCCCCUUGCGGCACGACCCUUUCAUCAACAUCUGUACUGUCUACAUGGAGGAUCUGAAAAAGAUGUGUUUCUACAGAGAACUUAACCGAAAGACAUCGCUCAAGUUCGUGCACACUUCCUUUCAUGGUGUUGGGCAUGAGUAUGUGCGGUCUGCUUUCAAGGCCUUUGAUCUUGCUCCACCCAUUCCAGUUCCAGAACAGCAGGAUCCCGACCCGGAGUUUUCGACGGUCAAAGUGCCCAAUCCUGAGGAGGGGGAGUCCGUACUGAAACUUUCCCUCCAACUUGCUGAGAAGGAAGGGGCCCGGAUUGUGAUAGCCACAGAUCCCGAUGCAGAUAGACUGGCCCUGGCAGAGCAGCAGGACGGUAAGUCCUGGAAAAUCUUUUCUGGGAAUGAGCUUGGGGCUCUGUUUGGCUGGUGGCUCUACACGUGCUGGAAGAACAAGGGCCCGAAGAUGGUCGACAUAAAGAACGUUUACAUGCUGGCUACCACCGUCUCCUCCAAAUUCCUCCAGUCGCUAGCCACGAAGGAAGGCUUUCAGUUUGAGGAAACGUUACCUGGAUUCAAGUGGAUCGGGAAUCGUGUUUAUCAGUUGAUGCAGAAUGGGAAAGAAGUACUCUUUGGGUUUGAAGAAUCCAUUGGCUUCAUGUGUGGCACCACGGUCAUCGAUAAAGAUGGAGUGAGCGCAGCUGUGAUUGCCGCAGAAAUGGCUGUUUAUCUGGAGUCCAAGGAACUAACCGUAGCCAAACAACUCCAAAAUAUUUAUGAAACGUACGGCUACCACAUCUCAAAGACUUCCUACUUUAAGUGCCUCAGCCCUUCCACGAUGCAGAGAAUAUUUCAACAGCUUCGAAACUAUGGGGCUGAAAAUCAGUAUCCCAGCUUCUGUGGUUCCUAUGAAAUUGUGCACAUCAGGGAUGUAACCACGGGAUACGAUAGCAGCCAGCUUAAUAAGAUAUCUCUGCUGCCGGUGAGUAAAAGCAGCCAGAUGAUCACCUUCACCUUCCUAAAUGGCUGUGUGGCCACCCUGCGGGCCAGCGGCACCGAACCCAAACUCAAGUACUACGCUGAGCUGUGUGCAGCCCCAGGCCAGAGUGACACAGCGCGACUGAGAGAAGAGCUGGACAAACUGAUCGACGCAAUGGUGACGUACUUCCUGGAGCCUGGAAAGAACGGUCUUAUCGCUCGUUCUGUUUAAUUUGAAAGGUGUGUGUGUGUGUGUGAGAGAGAGAGAGAGAGAGAGAGAGAGCAGGUGGGUGUGGAGCGAUGCAGAAGGUUGUCACUGGAAGGGAAGAUGCGGUUGAUGUGCUUGGUGACUUUCUGGGAAGGACUUCACCUGAUGUACCUGAGAAAGAACAGACAGCCUGAGGUGGGGAGGUAACUCGCACUAUAGUGGGUCCAUGCUGCUCUGCCAGGCAGUCUGCGCCGUUCCUUUGUGUUGUGCAUUUUUCACGUAGAGUCCAUGUGUUAGUCACUACCAAGUCCCCGCGCCCUGCUAAUGCUUUCCUGGGCGGGUUUGGAGAUCUGGUGAGAGGUGGGGGGAUCGGCCCAACAUUUUACCAGCGAAGGGAGGCAGUGGGAGAAUGGGGCCCCUGUACUGAUUAAUUAGUGCUAAUGAGCCCCCGCUUAUUGACGUUUGUAGACACAUUUCAAGAUCAGAAAACAUCUCGUCUCUAGAAACAAUACUAACACUUGCCUUCAGUUCUGCCUUUAACACUGCAAUGGCUGAGAAGACUUUGCUGUCAAUGGCUAUCAAGUGUAGUGACUGUGUGUCUCUAGGCAAUCCUCUCCUCUGCAGAGUCCUCUGAAGCACUCGCAUCGCAAGCGAGAGGACCUGGGUUCGAUUCCUGGGAAAAGCAAAAUCUUAGGCAAGUUUCCUUACUCCACUCGCUUCUGUUCACCUACCAGUAAGCAGGAACUCGGUUGUUGGUUGAUU